AUGGAUUUUAAACCCGAUUAUACCACGCCGCUUUUCAGUGAGAUUUGUGUCACGCCUCGGUCUCCCCCUCUCAACAUUCUCGGAGACUUCGACGCCCUACUCGACGACGAACCGGGACCGGGAGGCUGGCGAACAAUGCUCCCUGGCAUCGCUGGCGCCGGCGGCGGAGGCGCGAGGGCGGGUGGGCGGCGAUCGGAUCUGGGCUACGGAAGUAGGGCCGGGUGUGCGGUUUCUCCGACGCGGCGCGGCGCCCUGAAGAAAGUUCGGCGACGCGCGCGCGCGAUAAGCGGACGCCCCGGCCUUGGCGCUGGCGGUCGCCGCCUCCGCCUCCUCCGCCCUCGUUCCGACCCCGGCGCCCCUCCUCCGCAGCCUCGCCUCGAAGCUCGCGUUCACAAGGGCCCAUUGUGGCGCACAAUGGGCGAUCUUAGGCCCGACUUCGCUCUCAAUGGGUUGCGGCUGCUCCUGCUGCUGCUGCAACGGGGGCCCCCAUGCGUUCGCCUCUUCGCUCGACCUUCGGCCCGCCUCCGCCUCGGCCCGGAGGGGUUUUUUGCGCAGCUGCCGCUCGGGGUGCUGUCGUGGCUGUGCAAGAAGGGAGAGGAGACAUUGCGUAGGCAUACCAACCUGGCAACCAACCUUUCGGCGAUUAAGGAGCAGGAGCAGGACUUCGAAAAGUUCUACUUCAUCUCAAUGAGCGACGGGCUCUGCGCGGCGUUGGCAUCGGGGACGGCGGUGGCGGAGAAGGACGCUAUUCGCGCAGCAGCCGCAGAGUGA